UAUAAGGACCACCACUUGGUUUAUGGAGAACAUUCAAUCCAAGAUGAGAGGGCUGAUAUUCCUUUGUGUGGCAUUUGGGAUCACUUUGGCUGAGGAACUGAAAGCUGUUCAACCUGGAAGGGAGCCUCCUGUUUAUGACUUCAAUCAACGUGUGGUAGGUGGCAACAAUGCCGACAUCACUAACUGGCCUUGGCAAGCUUCACUUCGUUACAAUGGAGGACACACGUGCGGGGCCAUAAUCAUCAGCGAUACACACCUCCUUACAGCAGCUCAUUGUGUUGAUGGAAGAGUCCACUCUCUCUUUGAUAUCGAGGUAGGGAUGAGCAACAGAGGAAGUGGAACAGUAUACAAACUGAGCAGCAUUACCCAGCACUCCGGCUACAGUGGUAGUGCCAGUGGAUUUCCGAACGACAUCGCAAUUCUCAGGGUCAGCGGAAGUCUUGUGUUUUCGAACCAAGUUAAGGCUGCAACACUUCCCUCGAGCAAACAGUACAACCAUGACUCGGACGAAUGUUACAUCACUGGCUGGGGGAAGAUCAGAGGGAACCAAAAUAGCCUGCCCACUACUCUCCAGGAGGUUAACAUUCCUGCUAUCACCAAUUCGGAAUGUGCCACCAGAAUGUCAGGAAUAAAUGGGGCUUCAAUUUACGAUCAACACACCUGCAACUUUGACAAUUAUGCAUCGACAAACGCAUGCCAAGGUGACUCCGGUGGACCCAUGGCUUGUCGAUCCUCACCUAACAGCGACUUUGUGGUCGUGGGCAUUGCAUCUUGGGUAAUCACUGGUUGUACCGGAUCCUACCCAUCUGUUUACGUCCGAAUUGCCUACUACCUUGACUGGUUGACGAGCAAUGGAAUACAAUUGUAAAGAUUGUGAGAAUCAAAUAAAAACCCUUUUAAGAU